UCUCUCGAUCUGUUUACUCCUCGCGCUCGGUCCCCAGCGGUGGCUGCGGCAGCGCUGAGUGGGUGGCAGCAGCGGCAGCAGCAGCUGGGCCGGCGGCGCAGAUCGGCACUCCGCGCCAGUUCCCCGCAACACCAUCCCGCCUUCGCUCUUUCCAACGUAGCCCCGCUGCGGGACUAAGGCAGAGCAAGAGAAAAGAGUUCAUUAGUUAGUGGGUUCGUUGGGGAGGGCCAUGAAAACGGAGAUCUCCACGGCUGCGGGCUUCAUCACCCGCCUCCUCCGGACGCCCGGCGGCAUCGGCGACGAGGAGCUGCGCUGCUUCAGCGAGUCCCUCCAGGAGGCGCUACGAGACCAUUAUAAGCACCACUGGUUCCCCCUGAUGCCCUCCAAAGGCUCGGGAUACCGCUGCAUUCGGAUCAAUCACAAGAUGGACCCCUUGAUAGGAAAGGCAGCAGUCAUGAUCGGACUAAGCCACGAGAGACUCUUCCAGCUUCUGCCCAGCGAAUUAACUCUUUGGGUCGACCCCUUUGAGGUGUCCUAUCGGAUCGGGGAAGAUGGGUCUAUCUGUGCCCUCUAUGAAGGCCCUCAGCCAGCAGUGAAGAAUGCCAAAGCUCUUGAGAGCAGGAGCAGCUGUAAAGAGGAGUGGAGAAUUGGCAGAGCCAGCCCUUCCAAGAACUACAACAUGAUGACAGUUUCCAGUUAAAAAAAAAAAAACACAUUCGCUGUACAAUGAUGUAUGUAUGUAGCCCACUUUGAUAAUGAAGUUAGAUGAUGUAAUUGAUAUGUUGAUUUUCACCCCAUAGUCAUUAAAGUUGUAGUAGUACUGCCAAAUUCUUUGUUUUGUGGCCAAGGGCUAAUGUAUAAAAACAGUUCUUUAACUGUCUACUUUUUUCUGGAUUGUAUACUGUAAAUGAAAUUGUACAGUCAAGACGAUUGUUUUACAGAUUUAUAUUUUGGAAAAAAAUCCUUGGCUAUUUGUAAUAAAAAUGAAAUUAAAUUAA